UAUUGUCACUCACCUUUAAUCAUAUUUCCAUCUUUUAAGACAAUGAAAAAAUUUAGCAUCCUCCACCUCCCCAUCUCAAUCAUUCCUUCAACAUCCAAAAACCUCACAGAUCUCUCUUUCAUAGAGAGACAAAAUGCAUUUGGUGGAGUAGUGUUUUUUUUUUAAAAAAAUACUCUUUCCUUUGCUCUUCCCGCUCAAAGAACCAAACAAUGAAAUUCUCUUAUCAAUUUCUCUUCUUCUUUCUUUCCAGUCUGUUCCUUUCUCUUCUUCGUCUUUCCUUCUCCUCUCCUCCUUCUCCAAACGACACCAAUGCCCUCACUCUCUUCCGCCUCCAAGCUGACACCCAUGGCAGCCUCAUCUCCAACUGGACCGGCCAUGACGCCUGUUCCUUCACGUGGCGUGGAGUCAUUUGCUCAUCAACUGGCCGAGUCACCGCUUUAUCACUCCCUUCACUCUUCCUCCGUGGUCCCAUCACCUCCCUUUCCCUCCUCGACCAGCUCCGAAUCCUCGACCUCCACGACAAUCGCUUGAACGGCAGCGUUUCACCCUUAACCAACUGUACCAACCUUAAACUCGUUUAUCUUUCCGACAAUGAUUUUUCUGGUGAAAUCUCCCCGCAAAUAUCGCUGCUCAAACGGCUACUCCGCCUAGACUUAUCCAACAACAACAUACGUGGCAACAUUCCCAAAGAGAUCUCCGGUUUGAACCGGCUCAUUACUCUCCGGCUCCAAAACAAUGCAUUAACAGGCCAAAUCCCAGAUUUUUCUUCUUCCCUUAAAAACUUAAAAGAGCUUAAUUUAACCAACAAUGAGUUUUACGGACGGUUACCGGAAAGUUUAUUGAAAAAAUUCAGUGAACAAAGCUUUACAGGAAAUGAAGGGCUUUGUGGGCCAAGUCCAUUGCCUGUUUGUUCCUUUACUGGGUCUCCACCGGUGGAUUCAUCGAACCAGACAGUUCAAUCGAACCCGAGUUCAAUGCCGCAGACACCAAUCAUCGGACAAGACAAAGAUAAGGCACGUAAAGGGUUAAGCCCAGGUGCUAUAGUUGCAAUUGUAGUAGCAAAUUGUGUGGUGUUUUUGGUGGUGGUUUCUUUUGCUGUGGCUUAUUACUGUGGAAGAAACAGGGGAGAGAAUGUUUCGAAAGCGGGUAGUGAUAGUGGGAAAAGGAGGAGAAGUGGAAGUAGUUACGGAAGUGAAAAGAAAGUUUAUUUAAAUGGGGAAGCGGACAGUGAUGGAACAAAUGGAACGGAUAGGAGUAAGCUUGUGUUUUUUGAGAGAAGGAAGCAGUUUGAGUUGGAGGAUUUGUUGAAAGCUUCGGCGGAAAUGCUUGGGAAAGGGAGCUUGGGAACAGUUUACAAAGCGGUGCUUGAUGAUGGGUGUACUGUCGCUGUCAAGAGGCUUAAGGAUGCGAAUCCCUGUCCAAGGAAGGAGUUUGAACAGUAUAUGGAUGUGAUUGGGAAGGUUAAGCAUCCGAAUAUUGUGAAACUGAGGGCUUACUAUUAUGCUAAAGAGGAGAAGCUUCUUGUUUAUGAUUAUCUCCCUAAUGGAAGCUUGCAUUCACUUCUUCAUGGAAACAGAGGACCAGGGAGGAUUCCAUUGGAUUGGACUACAAGGAUCAGCCUGGUGUUAGGGGCAGCUCGAGGAUUAGCAAAGAUUCAUGAAGAGUAUAAUGCACCAAAAAUACCACAUGGAAACGUGAAAUCUUCGAAUGUGCUUCUUGACAAAAAUGGGGUUGCUUUGAUUUCUGAUUUUGGGUUGUCUCUGCUUUUAAACCCUGUUCAUGCUAUAGCAAGAUUAGGUGGAUAUAGGGCCCCUGAGCAAGCCGAAGUAAAGAGACUGUCUCAAAAGGCUGAUGUUUAUAGUUUUGGGGUUUUGUUGUUGGAAGUGCUUACAGGGAGAGCUCCAUCACAGUAUCCUUCACCAACACGUCCUCGAGUGGAGGAAGAAGAACAGGCAAUGGAUCUUCCGAAAUGGGUUCGAUCAGUCGUUAAGGAAGAGUGGACGGCAGAGGUGUUUGAUCAAGAACUUUUAAGGUACAAAAACAUCGAGGAGGAACUUGUGUCAAUGCUUCAUGUGGGGUUAGCCUGUGUGGUUCCACAGCCAGAAAAGAGGCCAACAAUGGCAGAAGUAACUAAAAUGAUUGAGGAUAUCAGGGUGGAACAGUCUCCUUUAGGGGAGGAUUAUGAUGAAUCACGCAAUUCACUUUCACCUUCCCUUCCUACCACUGAAGAUGGACUGGCUGCCGACUGAUCUUUUCAUUGCCAAUAAUUUGUUCUGUGGACGCUUUAUCAUCUUCUUUCCUUUUAUCUGCAUGAUCUCUCGCUGCAGAUUAUCACCCUUUCUGGUUCUUCCUUAGAUCCUUUUGUUUGCCUCGUGUUUCUUUGUAAUAUCUGUAAGUCUUGUGUAUCUCGUUGUUGAUGGUAAGAACUAAGAAGAUCACUGCUGAUCUUCACACUAGGCAACCAAGAUAGUUGCAUUUAAACUAAGCUCUGUAAUGUAAUUUUGACAUUUUGAAUUAGUUUAUUAAUUGUAUCCACACCAAACUCAAUCUUGAAAGUAUUUAACCUUUUCUGCUCUGUUUGCAUCUGGUGGCUUAAUUCUGUUCGCUGGAAGGCUGUGUAAGUGAUAAUAAAAAUAUGCAACAUUUCCUCGCCUGUGGAAGUAAGAUUCCUCAAAAUUCAGCCUGCAUUAGGCCAAAAGAUCCUUGUCCUCUCCCAUAAGUCAAGUCAUAAGUAGCAACUUGUUUUAAGUAUCAUGGGCGUGGAU